AUGCACUCAGACAAAAAAAAAAAACCUCUCUAGCAAUACACACCAAAUUGAGCAUGUGCAGAGUGACUCAACACAAUAUGUCUUAUCAGGAGAUAAGCGGGGAAAACUGGAAGAAGGGGAGGAUCAGAGAAGUCAGGAUCAAGCAGCCUUUUUACACAAUGCAGAGAAUUAACCCCUUAGGUUCCACAGUGAGUAUAACAAACAUGCUUUACUGCAUAUACAGACUGAGUUUACUGUUGUGGGUUUAGUAACACUUUAAAAUACUGCAAGCAUUAAAUUGGCUGUAGUAGAAGAAGGCUGAAAAAC